GGCGACAUUAGUUUAGCUAUUUAUCGGCAAUUCCUGGGACGCUACGGUUGAGCAAGUGAUCAGUGAGUUUCGGUUCCACAGUGUCAAUCGAUCGAGUGAAAAUGGCGGCUAAUAUCAAGUGUAAAGUGCUGAUUUGUGUGCUUCUGGGCUUGUGUGGAUUCGCGGGAUUCGUUGAUUCCCAGAUUCCAGGACUGGGAGGAUGUCCGGAUUAUGUGCCGAUAACCAAAUUCGACAGAAAUAAGUUUUUAGGCACCUGGUAUGAGGUGGAGCGAUACUUCACUGUUAGUGAAGUGGCAACGAAGUGCGUGUCGGCGACUUAUGAGUUGAUGCCUGAUGGGAAAAUCUACGUGCGAAAUGCGUUAACCAAUCGAUUCAACAACGUUGAGCGCAUAAUUUCCGGUGUUAUGGUACCUCCGGGAAAAUCCAAAGACGGCAAAUAUACUGUCCUUUAUCAAUCAUUCCCAUACAACUACAACGCUUCCUUCAUGAUCUUGGACACCGACUACACCAAUUUUGCCGUAAUCUACUCUUGCAGUACAAUUGGACCCGUUGGCCAUACAGUUUCUGCCUGGGUCUUGGCCCGAGAGCGACUUCCUGCGGGACCGGCCCUACAACGAGCCUACGGAGUGUUGGACAAGUAUCGCAUCAACCGUGCCUUCUUCGUCAAGACCAUGCAGGAUGACUGCGUCAUCAGGGCACCACCCCAGCCAGCCAUCGAUCCGACCGAACCGAGCACAAUUUCCCGUAAUCGAGAUCACCUCCCGAGCGAUGACCUAAUCAAGACGGAAGAACAGCUUGUCCAGUUGCGGAACGAUAUCUUUUCCGUUCCGGACGUACAGCACCAUGACAUACAAAUUGAUCCGCUCGACACCGACGACAAUGAGUGAUGCAGUCCCUGCCUAGUGAUUUAAAUAUUUAUUUUUAAAAUUAAAAAAGCUGCGUUUGAA